UUCCUGACCCCUAUAACGUCUUCUAGAUCACCGUUCUGGGGACUCCUGCGGAAGAAGAUGGAGGAGGCAAAAUAGAUCUCAUAGAAGCUGGUGCUUUUGAUGAUCUGGAUGUUGUUUUUAUGGCUCAUCCAGCACAAAAGAAUGCAGCUUAUUUACCUGAUGUGGCUGAGCACGAUGUGACUGUGAAAUACUAUGGAAAAGCUUCUCAUGCUGCUGCUUAUCCUUGGGAAGGAAUAAAUGCAUUAGACGCUGCUGUUCUUGCCUACAACAAUAUGUCAGUUUUAAGACAGCAAAUGAAACCAACCUGGAGAGUUCAUGGUAUAAUAAAAAAUGGUGGUGUGAAACCUAAUAUCAUCCCUUCUUACACUGAGCUAGAAUUUUACUUGCGUGCCCCUUCGCUGAAGGACCUCGCCAUUCUGACAGAGAGAGCUGAAAAUUGCUUCAGAGCUGCAGCUUUAGCUACAAAAUGCAAAGUGGAAAUCAAAGGUGGAAGGCAUGACUACUAUAAUGUGCUUCAGAACAAGAGCCUAGAGAAUUCCUAUAUAGAGAAUGGAAAAGAGCUUGGAAUGGAAUUCACUACUGACAACUAUUUUUUGAAUGGUUCAUCAGGCUCCACUGACUUCGGAAACGUUACAUAUGUGGUUCCUGGGAUUCAUCCCUAUUUUUACAUUGGCACAGAUACAUUGAACCAUACUGAGCUAUAUACUACAGCUGCAGGGUCUCAGGAAGCACAGUUCUACACUCUACGUGCAGCAAAAGCUUUGGCCAUGACUGCACUAGAUGUUGUCUUCAAACCAGACCUGCUGGGAAAAGUCAGAGAAGACUUCAGACAAAUAAAGCUAAAAGAGGAAGGCCACUUUACAGAGGAAGACAAAGAAUCUGGCACAGAGGCAACAUGUGCAAAAUUUUAAACAAAACUAAAACCUAAAUUCCUCUACAUUGAUGGAAUAAAUAUUCUACUUGAAAUCUAAUGGAGGCAGGACAGAUUUCUUAGCCCAGGGUGGGGAAUCUUUUUGGAGUCAGGGGCCGCUGCCCCACAGAAAAGUCAGUCGGGAGCUGCACACAUGUGAAGCCAAAAAACCAAACAAACCCUCACCGUGAUGUGGCUCCCGACUGAGAAGGAGAAAAACCCUGCCCUCCCCUCCCCUCCAUUCCCUUGCACACCAGAGUGGUGUGGGGGGGAGGCAGGCUAGUAGAUCGUGUGCUCCAACCCGAUGGGGGAAUGCAUGGGGCUGGAGCACCAGCACAGGCUCCUCACUGCUGUGGGGAGCCGGGAGCCUCGAGAGCCGGAUCCAAGCAAGCUGGGAGCUGGAGCUGGACCCUGGGCCUUUGGUUCCCCACCCUGUCUUAGCUAGUGGAAGAUGGACUUGUGGCUUUAUUUUUUUUUAAGCGGUGUAGGGUAACCAAAUGUCCUUCUUACUUUCCAGUUUUUUUCUCUGAAAAAUAACUUUGUAGUUGUAACAUUGCAUGUUAUAAAAUGAUAUAUGCUUUUUAAAUCUAUUUGAAUGGUUGAUCCACAGUUACAGACAAUUGGUUGAAUGCUUUUGCACAGUAAAAAAUGUAGAAAAGUUCACUUAUUAAAAAUACUCUAAAUACGUCAACCUGUCAUGGUAAACUUUGUGGAGAAGCCAUAUGUUCAAGUCUGUACAAGCUGAAAAGCAAUUGUGUCCCCUAGCUAAAGUACAAACUUUCAGGAGAAAGCCACGUACCAGAGAGGAUAAAUCUGUACACUUGAGCCAGAAUAGGGUGCCUAAAAUCAAAAUUCUAAACGUGAAUGUAGGUGCCUAAAUUGGUAGCCUUAUUUUCCAGUGGUGCUGAGUUCCUAGCCUCUCCCACAGAACUUAAUUAGAACUGCAUGCUUCUAAAAAUAAGGGCUUGGUCUUAGGAGUUCAACUUAGGACUUGUCUGCAGGCUAACUGUUCCUGUUUAAAAGUGUGAAUAUCUUAAGUCAAUUCAAUUACGGUAAUACAAAAGGCUUAAUAGACAGGCCUUUAUAUUUUGGUUUAACUUAAGUUUUAAUAAGAAGCUGUUUAAGCUAAACCAAAAUAACUAUCCACACAAAAUUUUGCUUAAAUUGGUUUAAAAUCCAGUGCAGACUUUCUCAGACAUAGCAUCAAAUCCCUGUAUAAACAUUUUUUUAAAGUCUUAGCACUGAUGCUUUGUCUCACAUAAUUAGUCUCUCUAACCCUUUCCUCUGUUUCUAAAUCAUGUCAUUGAAAGACUAGAUUUCAAAACUAAAAUAAUCAAGCAAAGAACAGCUAUGCAAAAUGGAAUAUAAUUAUUAUUCUUUCAGAUACAUGUUUGAAUAGGAAGUUUUUUCCUAAUGUUGAUGGUCAGUGGAAUAAAUUAUAUACAACUAC